AUCCUUCAUUCAAAAAAGCAUCAGCUACAUUGAAACCUAAAAGACCAGUGGCACCGGCAAUAGUUACAACUUUGAAUGAUGAGCUGCUCAUGAUGAAUUAUCCAGGAAAUUCUAGAGAUAGCAAUUCGAUUACAAUAAUAUCAAUCCAUCUAUUCGUAUAUGAUAGACAAUCAACU